CAGUAGUGUGUGAAGGAGAGCGUGCAGCAACAGAACAGAGACACUUCACAACAGCGUUUUCCCUCCACGCUGAACCGGUCUUUGUUUUUACAGAGGAGAGCAGCAGGACGAGUCUCGUACCAUGUCGCCAACUUGUUGAUGCUGCCAAUUCAUUUUUACUGCCGUCAUUCAGGGAUGUGAAGAUGCCACAUCCUGUCUACUCAUUCCCGACAGAAGCUCUGAUCUCCCAAACCUUCCCUACGGAUGGGUUCUCCUCCAGCGAAUGGCCGACAGAGCCGUACGCAGCGGGCGACUUCCUCCCCAGCCUGAGCAACAUCAGCAGAGCCAGCAUCCUCCGCUGCACCUACAAGGAGGACUUCAAACGCAUCUUACUCCCCGCCGUGUACUCUUUAGUCUUCGUGCUGGGACUUCCUCUCAAUGCUGUUGUCAUACUGAAGAUAUGGAGGACACGUCCCAAUCUGUCCAAAAACAACAUCUACAUGGUCAACUUGGCCAUAGCCGACUUCCUGUAUGUGAUGUCACUUCCCUUGCUGAUCUACAACUACGCCAGUCACGACUACUGGCCAUUUGGGGAGUUUGCGUGUAAAAUGGUCAGGUUUCAGUUCUACAGUAAUCUGCAUGGCAGCAUCCUCUUCCUCACCUGCAUCAGUGUGCAGCGCUAUGUGGGCAUCUGCCAUCCAAUGGCGAUGUGGCAAAAGCAGGGCGGUCGCAGGCUGGCAUGGGGUAUCUGUGGAGGAGUCUGGCUGGUGGUCACCGUCCUGUGCGCUCCGACGUUUCACUUCGCCGCCACGGGGAUCCAGAGGAACCGCACGGUGUGUUAUGAUCUGAGCACGCCGAAGAACUCGCUGGCCUACUAUCCGUACGGCAUGGCUCUGACCUGCCUCGGCUUCCUGUUGCCCUUCAUGGGUGUGAUGGUGUGCUACUUUCGCAUGGCCCAGGUCCUCUGCCGCCCGGUGUCCUACCAAGGGGUUUCCAGGGCGACCGGGGAGAAGCGGGACAAGGCGGUGAAGAUGAUCAUCAUGGUGGCGACAGUGUUCUGCAUCAGCUUCCUGCCGUUUCACCUCACAAAGACCAUGUACCUGGUGGUGCGUACCCUGCCCGCGGCGCCCUGCAACACUAGAAACUUGUUCUCCAUCAUCUAUAAAAGCACCCGGCCGUUUGCCAGCAUUAACAGCUUUCUGGACCCUAUUCUGUUUUACUUCACUCAGCCGCGCUAUCGCCAGAGCACCAGAAGGUUUAUGCGCAAAGUCACCUCCCUCAGAGACAAGGGCACCAGCGUGUGAGACCGCGAUAAAGCCUUCCUGCUAUUCACCUGUGGUGGAUCCUGUGAGGAUGUAAAGUGGUACAUGUAUUGGUUGCUGGGUUUCCUUGUGCAUGUUCUGAAGCAAGACCUUAUGUGAUUUUAAAAACUACUCACUGCAACAAAGAAUCGUACCAUCCUCAGAGGGUUGAAAAUAUUAAGAUGCACUGGCAUUUCGAUAAGACUUUUGAAAUGAAGGUUGAAAUCUUGUUAUAUGAGAAAGAAACAAACUGAGAAAAGUAAAGAGAAAUUACCAGACCUGAAAUUAAAAAUCCAUAUUCUCUUCUUACCUAUAAAACCUUGAAUUGGCAUUGACCACCAUAGUGUAUUUCAAUGAGGAAUUUGGGCAUUUAGGGCACUUAUUACUAAUAUCCCAAUUAUGUCUUAAGUUAAUUAAUAUUGUCACAUUCUGCAUUUUCAUUAUCUGUGAAAUGUUACUCUCUUUCUUUAUUGUGUUUUGUAAGUACUAUUUUUGUUACAAACUGUGAACUGCAGUAUAAAAUAUAUAGAUAUAAUAAUAUUGCUCUUACGUGAAAAGAUGAGGAGUGUCUUCCACUUGAGCAAGCCGAAAAGAUGAUUUUGAAAAAUGUGUUAUUGUUUUUGGAUAAAAUCCACUCAGACACAAAGCCAUGUAAAAUGCUCAAAGCAUAUGUUUAUAUAUGACUGCAUGGUAGAAUUGCAUGAAGCACUUGUGUGAGGAAAUGUUCAUAGCGAAUUACACUUUCUAAUGAAGGUUUCUCCUGUGCUUUCCCUAAAAGACUUGUUUUUCCCUCUUUUCACCACUGGAUGUUGUGUGAACCACAGUGCUGUAAUCACACUGCAGUUAAAUGCUCUGUUCUUUCUCAAAAUGGUAAGGUCAUUAACAUGUUUUCCAGUAAGGAUACAUUCUUAGUCACUACAUCCUGAGAUAAACUGAUGCCAACACAACUUUAUUAUCCAGCUCAUACCACAGUACAACAGGACAUCAGUCUAGAGUGUUCUCCAUGUGUGCUUAAAAUGAUCGAGUGAAAAAGGAAAAUGUGAGUUGUGCCAAUGUUAAAACAUUUAGGAGUUGUUAUCAGAUGCAUUAGAUGCUACUUUAAGGGUAGGGUCUAAACGUGGGCUAAACCCUGCAGAUUUCAACUUCCUGUUAGUGUGUGAAACCUUCCCAUGAAAUUUGUAUUUAUUUUCCAAGAAAUUGCCUCUGCAGUUAAACAUUUGGUAUAAAAGGAAAAUAGACAUUUAACAAAAGGAACUGUGCUCUUAACGAGGUUCUCUACAGUGCAUGUGAAUUGUUUGUACAGAUUUGAUAGUUGGAGUUAUACCAAGUUACUGAGAUGUGAGCGUUCAUGAAAUGAACAUAAAUGCACAUUUUGUCUUUGGUUGUAACUGCAUUUUGCUGUAGCUUAAUGUUGAUUUAAUUUAAUUCCAAGUUUCUAGUUUUAUCUUGCACUGACUUGUUUUUCUGAUUACUUUUGCAGGAGUAUUUUUUAACCCAAAUCUUGCAUCAAACUCUCUCAGACCUGAGAUCAGAAGCUCAUCUCACUCUCUGAUUUGACAAUUUGAUUUUGAAGUUGAAUGAAAUUACUAAAGAAAUCCUAAAAGUGCCAACAACUUAUGAACUGUAAAAUAUAUAAUUUUGGCAGCUUUACUUCUUAAACACUGCAGCAACUGUUUAAGUUUUGCACCCAUGGGGGGAAGAAAUGUUGUGUAUAUUGUUUAAUGUGAACAUGUUAUUUCCAUGACCCAAAAUAUGAGAUCAUCUACCUAAAUAAGAGCUUCAUAAUUAUGUGUGUAUGUGUGCAGUAUGCAUAUUGAGUAAUAUAGUAUACUGUAUGUUACGCUCAUGGCUACAGCAUUAAGUGAAUGCACAGGUCUUGUUGUUUAUGUGUCUGUUUGGAUGAAUAUUUUCGAAGUCUAAUGUUUUUUCUGCAUCAGUCUGAAAUAUGUGUGUGUCAAAAUAUUUGUGUCAGACAGUAUUAUUUAGAAUACAUUUUUUUUUGUUCGUAAUACCGUACCACAGUAUCAGGAAUAGAUUUUAUUUUUGUUAAAUAGAUAUAAUUAUGUUGAGGAACAAGUAUAAAUUGUGUUUUUAUGUCUAUUAGUUUUCUUACUACCAUGCAUCCCCUUGAGUUGCUUGUGUAAAUGGAUGUUGUCAUAAUGGAAUUAAAAAAAGUCACACAGCA